UUGAGUAAAAUAUUUCGUGUGCGCGUACGAGAGUCGAGUGUUGAAUCGUCGUUCGCUCGGUUGUCAAUGUUGCGUGAAUAAAGCUAACGAAUGAAAUCGUUGUAAUUAAUUCCCAUUUAAUUGCUGUUUUUGCAUAAUAAAGCUAAAUCAACGUUUAGUCAAAAUGAUGUUAAAAUGCUCUAAGCUACCAGUUAAAUAAAUUAAAGCACUGUAAUAAAUUUGUGUAUUUAGCGAGCGACGUUCGUUUUCUGAAUUCCAAAUGAAGUCAUGAGCAGCAGAUUGUAUGAAAACCAACAGCAACAGCAACAACAACACAGCGAAGUCAACAGCUAAACAACAAUACAAAAGUCGUCGCGUUAUUACAACAAGAAAAGCCGUAAAAAAAAGUGAAAUUAAGUGCUUAAAAACGCGAGACAGCAACAACAACACAACAACAGCAGCAGCAGCAGCAGUAGCAAAAUGACAUGGUCGCGUCUCGUUUACACAAUAACUCAAAUUAAUUGAAUAUGUUGGCAAAUGAGCAAAACGAAAAUUACGUUAAAAGCCCACAAAUCAAGCGCUUUUAAACGGCUGCUGUUAUUAACAUGGCAGCCGCAUCCGCUGGCCAACAGCUGCAACAGCAACAACAGCAGCAGCAACAGCAGCAGCACAAACUGAACAUUGUUGGCAAUGCGGAAUCGGUUGCUGGCGUGCUGCAGGUCAACGAGUUGCAACAGCAUCAACAGCAGCAGCUCAACAUGUACAAGCAACAGCAACAGCACCAGCAGCAAUUGUUGCAGCAACAACAACAGCAGCAGCAGCAGCAGCAGCAAUUCUAUCAGCAGCAGACAAAAUUUGUAUCGCGGGUCGUUACAAAUGCCGCAAUGCAGCAGCAACAACAACAGCAGCAACAGCAACAACAAAUAUUACCAGCUGGUUUGGUAAAUGGUAGCGCCAACAUGAUGCAAGCUGCAAAUGUUGCCGGGCAGCAACAGCAGCAACAAUUGCGCCACAGUCAGCAUAUAUUUGUGUGUCCAGCGAUUGGAUCGCCGAUGCAACACCAACAGCAACAGCAGCAGCAGCAACAAGCUAAGCAGCGUACAGCACAAAUAAAGUUGCCUGUUAAGCCAGCAGCAAACACAUCGGCAACUGUUGCUGCCACGCACUGUAUGCCAGCAACAAUUGCAUCGCGUCAAAUGAGUCAGAACAAUCAACAUCAGCAGCAGCAGCAGCAGAAACAACAACUACAACAGCAGCAGCUUUAUGCAAAGAAUGUGGCCAAAACCAACAAUGCUAACAAUAAUGCAAACAACAACAACUACAACAACAACAGUGCAAAUUUGGCUCCAGGCUGGCGUCGACUAACCAACAACAAUGAAGUGGCCUACAUCAGUCCAACGGGCAAAACACUGCGCACACAAUUCCAAAUCAAGGACUAUUUGCUAACACAGGGUACCUGCAAAUGUGGCCUGCCGUGUCCGCUGCGGCCGGAAUACUUUUUCGAUUUUAAUGCUCAGGUGCCCAACAUGCCAUUAAAGGUGUCGCCGGGCAGCAGCCAAGAGGCGAUUGCGGCGCUCUGCUCGCACCAGCGGCAUUUGCUCGAUGGAGAGCAGCUGCACAAUCCGAGGCCCGUCAAGGAUUUGGUGAUGGCGACGACAAUGUCGAUGGCGAAAGCAACAGCAGCUGCUGUCAGUGAUGCGUUUACUGCGUUGAUGGCAACAGCAACAACAACAACAACGACAGCAACAACAACAGCAGCUGCAGCAGCAACAGCAACAGCCACGACAGCAUCAACAGCCACAUUAGAGUUGGCCCACAAAGACGCUGAUUGCCACAAAUAUGGCAGCAACAACAACAACAACAACAACAACAGCAGCAGCAGCAGCAGCUAUAAGCUGGCCAACAGGACAACAGCUCCAGGUCCUGUCACAGUCACAGCCACGCCCAUAUCCACAAACGCGGCCGUCAUGCAAACUAGUCAAACAAUGGGCCUGGAGAGCGCGCCAAAGCGAACAGCAGGAGCUGCUCCUGCUCCUGCUACUGUUUCUGCUCCUGGCCCGCUCCCAGUCGCAGAGCCGGCCGCAACAGUUCCAGCGCCUGUGAUAAAGGCCGUGACAACGGUUUCUACGCCUGCUCCUCCUCAUCCCGCAGCCCAGCAGCAGCAGCAGCAGCAGCAGCAGCAGCCCAACUUCAAGGAUGAUCCCGCGGGCUAUUUGCAGCAGCAGACGACGCUGCUGCACAAUACGCUGGGCGCGGGCCUGGACGCCAAGCCUGUCUCGGCCAACGCCACGGGCACUGCCACGGCCCGUGCCCUGCCCCAGGAGCCCAUUGUGCACAGCUCCCAGCAGCAGCAGCAGCAGCAGCGUCGAGGCAUUCGCCGUCUCUCGCUGCUCACGGGCGGCAAAUGGGAGGUGGACCCAAGUGCGCCUCGGUCGCUGCAUGUCGACACGGCGGCGGCAUUCGCGCGUCCACAGAAGCCACAGAUCACCAGCAUUACGGUGGUGCCGGCACCCCAGGAGUCGCCAGUAUCCAGCAGCGGGCCCGAGGCAGAGAAGCGCCCCGAGCAAGUGGGCGCCAUCUCGACGAGCCACGAGAGUCCGCGUCACAGCCUCUCCCCGCCCACAGAUUCACUGGACUCGGGCAAGAGCACGCCCAGCGCCUCGCCCAAGCCGCAGCAAGCGCAAAUCCAAAUGCAGAUGCGUCAGCCCCAAUCCCAGCUGCAAGGCCAGCCAGCAGCGGCCCAGCCCACAGCUCAGCUGCGACUGCUGCGACAGCAGUGCCAGCCCGCAGUUGGCGCGGCCCAAAGGCAGUCGGUGGCCAACAACGGGGCAGCCACGCUGACGCGCAGCAUCGUGACGACUACGGCGGGCAUCAGUCGACCGGGGGGCACUACGCUGAGCAGCGGGAACGCUGCUGUGGCGCAGCUGCAGUCCAUGGCGAACAACAGUGGCGGCGGCAAUCAGCUGAUCAUGACCUCCUCCGGCCAGCUGCUGGUCAUACCCAGCGCCAGCAAGCAGCAGGCAACGGCUGCACAGCAGGCCCAGCGGCCGGCGCAGGCAGCCCAGCUGCAUGCCCAGCCAGGCGGCGGGUAUAUCGUUAGCCAGCCAUCGCCCAUACUUAAUGCUGGCGGAGCCAAGCUGCUGCAUCACCAGAUCAUCACCUCGCAGGCCAGCCCAAUCAGUCAGAUCAGUCCGGCGGGCACGGCGGCGGCGCCACAGACGGUGCUGCUGAACACGUUGCCCAAUGGCGGCUACAUCGUCCAUCACCAGCAGCAACAGCAGCACCAGGAGCACCAUCAACCGCUGCUGGGCAUGCCACAGCCAGCGGCAGCCAUUAUGACGUCGCCGGAGGCCAAGCGGCGGCCACGUAAGCGCAAGACCUCUGUCUGCAGCACUCCGCCGCCGCCUUUGGUCUGUGGCGUGAGCGGCUCGCCGGCGAAGGCGCACUCGCCCCAGAUCUCGCCCAGCAUACCCAGCCAGGCGCCAGCGCUGCUGCAGCAGGCGGCCAAUGCCGCUGCGGUGGCAGCGCCCGCAGCUCCGGCGCAGUUCUCGCAGCAAUUCCAGCUGAGUCCGGGCAUUCAGGGCAUUGUGGUCAACAAACCGGCGACGGCUGCAGCUCAGCCACAGCAGCUGCUGCUCCAGAAUGGCCAGAUUCUGCAGCAGGUGAAUCUCAUUGGCCAGCAGCUGCUUAUGCCAGCGGGCCUGGUCAUGGGCCCGGACGCCACUUUGCUGCAGAUACAAAACAUGCCCACGACGAGUCUGCUGACCCAUCAGGGGCAGGUGAUGCUGCGCACGCCCUCGCCACAGAACAAGCCCUCCUUCAUCUCGCCCAGCGCCGGAGGCCAGCAGUAUAUUGUGGGCGCCAACGGGCAGCUGAGUCCCAUUGGCCAGAUCUAUUCGACGCCCAUGGGCCUGGUCAUGCCAACGGGUCAGCAAAGCGGCGCCUCCUUUGUGCAGGCCAGUCCCACGGCCACCAUACAGAUUCAGCAGCAGCCGCAGCAGGCACCACCACAGCAGCAGCAGCAGCAGCAGAUCAGCCUGCAGCCACCGCAGACGACUGGCUAUGUAACGGAUCCGCACAGCAAUCGGCAAGUGACUGCCGCCAGUCCGCCGGACACCACCACGUGCAGCCCGCGAAGCCCCGAGCGACCGCCCAGCCACCGGAGCAGCGGCAGCGGCGAUAUGGUGCAGUGCGUCUCUAGCUCGGAGCCGGAUGCGGCUAUUUCGCCCCAGAGUGCUGAGAGUCGGCAGUCGCCCUCAUCGACGGAUUGCGAGCGGACCAUCUGCAGCAGCAACUUGUUUAGCCAGCCCAGCAGCAUCUACAAGCCAACGGAUGCGAAGAUUCGGCGCAUUCACAUCACGUCACAGCAGCAGGCGGCGACGGAGAGCAACCACGCUGUGGGACUCAUGGGCCAAGGUAUGCGACUGAAUAGCACCACAUCCCUGUCCAUCUCAUCGUCAUCGUCAGCGUCGGCAACAUUGUCCACGCCAUCAAUAACAACAGCGGCAUCGGGUCGCCAAGUCAUGCACCACCAACACCACCAACAUCACCAACAGCCCCUAACCUCCAAUAGCCAUCAAAGCGUCUAUGUCCAUAAUCACAAAGUAGUUAGCGUUGACUACCAGGAGUCGCCCACCACCACACAGCUGCCGCCCAUUUCGGAUGCACCAGCGCUCAGUGAAGCUGCCCCACCCAAAGCCAACUGCCGCACGCCCACGAAACGGGCGCGUCGCCUCCACCGCACACUGGCCAGAAAUUCGCCAAAUGGUUUGGCUCUGUUGCCACCGCGAACAUUUGCCAUUGGCGAGCUGAUUUGGGGGCCGGCGCGUGGACAUCCCGCCUGGCCCGGCAAGAUAGUCAAGAUGCCCGACGGUGUCUGCACACCGUCGCAACAAUUCGACCACGUGUGGGUGCAGUGGUUCGGCGGCGGCGGCCGAUCCACCUCCGAGCUAAUCCCGGUCAACUUAUUGCAGAGCCUUUCCGAGGGCUUGGAGGCGCACCACAAGGCGCAAAAGGAUACCAGAAAGAGCCGCAAACUGAACUCGCAACUCGAGCGGGCAAUACAAGAAGCAAUGACUGAGUUGGAUAACAUUUCAGCCUCGGCAACCGCAACAUCGACGCCAGCAUCCGCAGUAAUUGGCCAGCAGCUGCAGCAGCCACAGCAGCCGCAGCAUCCCACAUCCACGAAUAGCACCAGCAAUGGAGUGGUGCGAGGCAAGCGCACAGGAAUGCCGACUGGACAGACGAGCAUUGGGGGUGCUAGCGUGACGCUGACCGCAAGCACAGCGGCCACACUGAGCGGCCUCUUCAGUCAGCAGCGUGCCAAGCCCAUACGCAUAGCGCCCGCUCCGCCGGCUCCAACGGGUGUGCCGGCAACAGCAGCUGGAGCAGCUCCGGGGGCAGCGGAGAUCCUGAAGCUGGCCAAAUGACCAGCGCUGUCGGCGUUGCCGUCGACAGUCACCACAGCAAACUAUACGCUCGUCAUUGGCCAUAAGUAGAAGCAACUAUCAACAGUAUAUAUUCAGAUAGAUAUAUACUAUAUAUAUAGAUAUACAUAUAUUCAUACAUACAUAUGUGUAGUUAGAUGUCAGCCCCAAACUGUCUAUAAUUUUCUAUCGAAUUACGACUCUGCUUAGUUGCGCCUGUGCGGCGUUGCCACAUCUUUGAAAUAGACAAUAAAACAAUAUAAAAAUGUUAACGGAAACGAAGUUACAAAACGGACGAAGGAAACUUAGAGAAAGAGAGCGAGAGAGAUAGAGAGAAUGGUUGAACAAUAAGCAAACAAUAGUUUUUCGUUUGCUUAAGCUAAACUCAGUUGUUUUUUUAAAUGUGUAUAUAUUAUCAUAUAGAUGGAUCAGAUGAACAUACCUAUCUAUUAUUGUCAUUUUAUUGAACAGAUUGUAAAUGUUUAGGUACAUAUUUAUUUAUUGCGUAUACACCAUAGUUUGCAUAGGUUUUUUGUUUUCGUUGCAAUCUUUAGACUUAACUAUUAUUUUUAUAUAUUUAGCUAGCAUAAGCCGAAUUUUAGCCAUUAAGUUCUGAUUCAGCCAAUUAAUGCACAUUUCGAUGUGCUUAUUGUUUUCUUUUUUGCCUAAUUCAACAAAUUCUUGCAGAAGAAACAUUGUAAUCAAAAGCAUAUAACUGAUACUAUUUCUAACUCCGAGAUACUUAUUGAAUGGGAAAUAUCAAACGAAAUAUUUACGUUGAAGCAAGCAAACAACACUCGAAGCACUCAACUAGCAAGUUAGAGAACAAAAAAGAAA